UGUCAAUUUUAACGAUGUGCAAUAUAAACCAAAAUCUGAGCGUAACUUGACAUUCGCAACUCGAAUCCAUUUAGUUGACAAGCAGUUAUCGAUUAAGUCUAAUGUAUUUCUUACUUAUCAAAACUGUUCUAAAUUCUUCAAAGUGAUUGAAUUAAAAUUAGUGAAAAAAAAUGGUUCGACUAGACGCAUUUGGUCGAAUUCGAUUUAUGAGUGUAAUUUUAUUGUUUAUUCUGUUGUGUGUUUUUAUCGUGCAAAAUUUGCCGCAAUCAGAAAAUGACAUUCAAUCAACGAAAUCUCUGGUCGUAGCAGAUGAAAAAUUGAUGAAACCAAUCGAAAUUGAGGAGAAUAUUGAGAAGGGGAAAAAGUCCACGAAAUUAACAGCAUCAGAAAAAUUAUUGAAACCAAUUAAAAUUGACAAGAAGAUUGAAAAAGGAAAAAAGUGCUUUCAAACGCCAAAAGAUUUUCAUGUGGAUGACAUCGAAUUUUUUGCCGAUAUUUUAAAUGCAGAAAUACAGCCAAAUCCAGAACGAUCGAUAUUUUUUCAUGAGACAUCGUGUUUCAAAAAUGAAAUGAUUAAUAUGACCGCAAGGCAAGCUUGUGCUGUUGAAUCUGCUGCAAAGUUGAAUCCAAAUCGAACAAUUUUCAUUUUAUUUGCAUCACCAACCGGUUUCACCACCAAUCAAUCAGAGAUGCCGAUCACCGAAGCUUUGAAGUCAUAUCCAAAUAUUCAUUUCCGAAAUGUCGACUUUGAAACGUAUAGUGCCGGAACACCGGUGGAAGAUUUUCAUCAUAGUGGAAAACUGUUUCGUUCAUCGUAUUUGGUGUCACACAUGUCGGACUAUUUGAGAUAUUUGAGUUUAUUUAGAUACGGCGGUCUUUACUUUGACCUGGACGUAGUGGUGCAACAGAAUCUCGAUGAAUUACCGCCCAAUUUUUCGGGCGUUCAAGAUUCAGCUGUAGUGGCUGUUGGUGCAAUGGGAUUUCAACAAAAUCCAAUCGCUCAUAUGAUACUGGAAUUAUGUCUCAAAGAUUUUGCGGUUAAUCAUCGUGGAUAUGUUUGGGGCUCAAGCGGACCUGCAGUAUUGACUCGAGUUUUGAAAAAAAUUUGUAGGGAAAAAAGCAUACAGAAAAUGACCCCAUCGAAAUGCUGGGGAUUUGAUGUGCUGCCACGAAAAAAUUUAUAUGCGAUUCACUACAGUAAUUGGAAACACUUUUUUAACAAAAAAUUGACGAAUGAGACACUUGAGCAAACGUCAAAGUCACCAGUCGUUCAUUUAUGGAAUAAAUUGUCAAUCGUAGAAAGAAUUAAAAAGUCUGAAAAAAGGACGGCCUACGAAGUGAUUGCCAUGAAACAUUGCCCAAAGGUAUUUGAAGCAUCUGGAACGUAUUUUUAAGACUUCUUUAGAUUUUAUUUAUUCGAAAUAAAGAAUUAUACUAAAGGCGUACGAAAAAGAUUUUUUACAGAUAAUAGAUCUCAAUGAUGUUUUUAAUUCAAAAAUUAGUUGGGAUUUUAUUCGAGCAAAAAACUUGAAUUUUAGUUUGU